AUGAAUCGCUCCGAGGUCCGUCAACUUUGCAUGACGUCAUUGGCUCAAAAAAUGGUUGGCACUGGGCCAGAAAAUCUUCAAGCCGGCAGGGGAUUUUAUGAAUAGUGAGUAGGCCUAAAUCAGGCUUUUCGGGCCUGAAAAGCCUGAAAAUAUCGAUUUUUGCAGCUUCUUCACCAAUUUUCCCGAUCUACGUGUGUAUUUUAAAGGCGCAGAGAAAUAUACGGCUGAGGAUGUGAGAAAAAGUGAAAGGUACGGUUUUCGGGCUCAAAAUGCUCCAAAUUUCAUGAAAAUUCUGAAAUUUUCAGAAUCCACGUGGAAUUUGGGCUCAAAAUGCUCCAAAUUUCAUGAAAAUUCCAGAUUCGAAAAACAAGGUCAACGCAUUUUGCUGGCCUGUCAUCUUUUGGCAAAUAUUUUUGAGAAUCCCGAAGUUUUCAAGGCCUACGUUCGAGAAACAAUCAAUCGACAUCGAAUUUACAAAAUGGAUCCGGCACUUUGGAGCGCUUUUUUCCAGGUUUGUCUGGAUUUUUUUGAAUUUUCGGUGAAAUUUGGGGCAUUUUGAUAGUAAAUAUGACGAAAUUCGGGAAUUUUUCAAUUUUUGGAGCAUUUUGAGCACAAAUUUGCUCAUUUUCAGCUGAAAAUCCUAAAAUAUUCAUCAUAUUUCAUAUCAAAAUUCGCCGAAUUUCGCGCCAAAAUCUACCGUAACCUUCAAAAUUCCCUAAUUUCCAGGUUUGGACCGGAUAUUUGGCUGAAAAUGGCUCGCUGAAAUCGGAAGAAAAAGAGGCUUGGUUGGAGCUGGGAAAGGAGUUCAACGAGGAAGCACAGAAGCAUUUGAAAAAUUCCAAUUUACCACAUGUUUGA